UAUAGAUAACAGAGAUGACGGUCUGUGUCUACUGUACAGUGUCAGGGCUGGUCCUAUACAAUUGCCUAGCAGGUUGGUGUGUAGCCAGGGCCACAGUAGACUGAUGCUGGCCGUGUGUCUGUCCCCUCAGAGGAGACCUAUCAGCAGAUGGCCAGGGAGACUCUGGAUGAACUCGACUGGUGUCUGGACCAGUUAGAGACUGUCCAGACCCAUCGCUCCGUCAGUGAGAUGGCGUCCAACAAGUUUAAGAGGAUGUUGAACCGGGAGCUCUCCCACCUGUCUGAGAUGAGUCGGUCAGGGAACCAGGUGUCCGAAUACAUCUCCACCACAUUCCUCGAUAAGCAGAAUGAUGUGGAGAUCCCGUCCCCCACCCAAAGAGAGAGGGAGAAGCCCAUGUGUCACAUCAGCGGCGUGAAGAAGCUCACGCACAGCUCCAGCCUGUCCAUCUCUGCCAUGCCUCGCUUUGGAGUCAAGACUGAACAGGAGGAAGCAUUAGCCAGGGAGCUGGAUGACUUGAAUAAGUGGGGCCUUAAUAUCUUUCAUGUGGCUGAGUUCUCCAAUAACAGGCCUCUCAGCUGCAUGAUGUUUGCCAUCUUCCAGGAAAGGGAUCUGCUGAAGACGUUCAGUAUCCCGGCUGACACCUUCAUCACCUAUGUGAUGACUCUGGAAGACCACUACCACGCCAACGUGGCCUAUCACAACAGCCUCCACGCGGCAGACGUGACCCAGUCCACACACGUGCUGCUGUCCACCCCUGCUCUGGACGCUGUCUUCACUGAUCUGGAGAUCCUGGCUGCGUUGUUUGCCGCUGCCAUUCAUGAUGUGGACCAUCCUGGAGUGUCCAACCAGUUCCUCAUCAAUACCAAUUCGGAGCUAGCUCUGAUGUAUAACGAUGAGUCGGUUCUGGAGAACCACCACCUGGCUGUGGGCUUCAAGCUGCUCCACGAGGAGAACUGUGACAUCUUUCAGAACCUUAGCAAGAGGCAACGCCAGAGCCUGCGCAAGCUGGUCAUUGACAUGGUGUUGGCAACGGACAUGUCCAAACACAUGAGUUUGCUAGCAGAUCUAAAGACCAUGGUGGAGACCAAGAAGGUGACAAGUUCAGGGGUGCUACUGCUGGACCACUACACUGAUCGCAUUCAAGUGUUGAGGAACAUGGUGCACUGCGCAGACCUGAGCAACCCCACCAAGCCUCUAGCUGUCUACAGACAGUGGACAGAGCGCAUCAUGGAGGAGUUCUCCAGACAGGGAGACAAGGAGCGGGAGAGAGGCAUGGAGAUUAGUCCCAUGUGUGACAAACAUACAGCCUCGGUGGAGAAGAGUCAGGUGGGCUUUAUCGACUACAUCGUGCAUCCUCUGUGGGAGACAUGGGGGGACCUGGUCCACCCGGACGCCCAGGACAUCCUGGACACUCUGGAGGACAACAGGGACUGGUACCAGAGCACCAUCCCCCAGAGUCCCCCCGAGCCUGUGGACGCGGACAAGGAGCUCAACGUCUGCAUCGACAAGUUCCAGUUUGAGCUCACUCUGGACGAGGACAGUCACGCCGAGCACGUCGAGGAGGAGGAGGGGGAGGAGGAGGAGGGCGAGAGACUCACGCCGAACCACCUGAUGCAGGGCCGCCGCGAAGGACAGAAGGACGGGGAGAACGAAGGGGAGGGAGGCGACGGAAUCGCGGAGGAGGACGAGAACGUCAUCGAAGAGGAAGGGGAGGUGGUGAUGGAGGAGGACGAGGAGGGAGGAGAGCAAGGGAAGACUCGGUUAGGGGGUGAGGAGGGGAGACACUCUGACACGAGUCCCGUGGAGGAAGAGGAGGAGGAAGAUUCAUCCUCACCAGCUGAUGACACAUGAGUUUUUGCCCCACCCACCCACCCACCCCCACCACCACCCAACUCACAUGCACACACAUUCUCUUUACCCAUCUUUAUUUUUGAUGGCAAAACCAAGAAGAAAAAAAAAGAGUUCAUAAACAAUACAGACCUUUAAAUCUAUUUUUCAAAAAGGGAACUUAAUAAUAAUGCUUAAAGCUAAUAACACAGCAACUGUAGAUUUGACGUGGGAGCUGGAGUCAAUCCAGCAAAUAUAAUCUGAGGAACUGUGGAUGAAAAGGCAUGAGGAAACACAUCAAUAAUGGGCCAUCGAAGUCGGUGUAGUACUCCGGAACUGAAAUGUACACAUAAACACAUACAGACGCAUACACAUACACCAAAGUAGUCAUGUUAAAACACACAGACAAAUGCACACAACACGCACAGACAAACACACACACACAUAAUACACAGACACAGACACACA